UCCUUUGAGUUUUAUUUUAUUUUUUUUGAGAAAAUUUAGCCGUAUUUCCUUCUUCUACCUGCCUACUUGGAAUGAGAGUUUAGUCUAACUGAACAAAGGGUUUAAUCACAAUCUUCCCCUCUUCCUCGAGAAAAAAACCUUUCAUGUUAAACCCAAGUGGGAUCUGAAAAUUGAAGUAAAACCAUCCUUCUUGUUGUUCAAUGGAAAAAAAAGCUAAAGGCAUAGCUUGGGUAGGCAACCUCUAUCAGAGAUUUGAAGCUAUGUGUAUUGAGGUGGAUGAUAUGGUCUGCCAGGAAACAUUGCGAUAUGUUGAAAACCAGUUGCAGACAGUUGGUUCUAAUGUUAAACAGUUCUGCACUGAACUAAUGCAAGACUUGGUCGCUUCAUCUACCGAUUCGUUAGAAGACCUUAACACGGUGCAAAUUGCCGGCGUUGCAGCCUCUGUGGACUCGAAUGGAAGUGCCAAUGAAGAUCACUCUCAGACCAAACUGGUCGAUUCCUCUUCUGUAAAAUCUGUUGAGGAUGUACAUUUAGGCUUGCCUUCAGAACAAAUCACAGAGGAUCAAAAUUCCUUGGCUCAUUCUAAAGGGUUCACAGCACCUGGUUCUCUAAUUUUCUCUAAAGCUUUCAAGAAUGAACUUAAGGACAAUGAUUCUACUGCAGAUGACACAUUGUUAGAGUCGAUGGAACCAGAAGUGAAAAUGGGACCAGCACGUUUAUUAGAGGCUUACCAUAAAUCUGUUUUGAAAAUGGAACCAGAAGUUCCAUCAUUUGAUAACACAAAGCUUGAAGAAAGCUGCAUUAUAGUAGACCGUAGUGAGCUUCUUUCCGUCUCUAACAACGUAGGAAAACACAGGUCAUACAAGAAAAAGCUCCGGGAUGCCUUUUCUUCUAAGUCAAGGUUCACAAAGCGGGAUGAUGAACAGCAUGCACUAUCCAGACAAAGGAACAAACGAGAAUCACAAGACAUGGAAUUUUGUGAAUCGGAUUGGGAGAUUAUUUAGACAAGUUAAAUUGGUUUUUGGUUUUUGUUUAUGGACUUAGGUAUGCAUAUGAAGUAAUAAGAACACAGAUAAACGUUGUUAUGAUACGAGACUGGAUGUCCCUCGGUUGAAGAUGUAUAAAGAUGGAGAGAAUUAGGCAGUGGAGUAGAGCGUUAGGAAAUCUCCAACUUGUUGGAUUGGUGGAACAUCUGACAUUGUUGUCUUGUUUUCUUUAUUGGAAUUCUUUUCUAGUUUUUGCUUUGAA